GAGCGUCAGUGUUGGCUCGGCCCGGGAGCUGUGCGCACAGGGGUGUCAGAUAUGGAGCUGUAGGAGCGCUGCGGAGCUCUCGCCCUUCCCAAAGCUCUUCAUACUCACUGACGGAGACGCGCAGAGCGAUCGCGCGGGGCCAGCGCCAGCCCGACUGAUUUACCGCGGAUUUACCGGCGCCAAACCAAACUUUGGGUCACGGGUAACUGGGCUUCCCAGACGAGAAAUUUAGACUGUGACUAAACGCAAGGACGUUUUAUACUUUUUUCAGCGGACUGGUUUUGGUAACGUGCCUGUGGAGCUUCGGAAGAAACCCGAGCGCGCAGAAUUACGCGCGUUUCGCUUGGAGAGAUCCGUGCGUCCUUUACGCACCCUCGCCGCAGAUUUUCUCCAGUUUUGAUAGAAAGUAAACGAGCUGAAGUUGGCAUGAUAGUGAAUACAGUCGGGGAGACAGCACUCGGCUCUCACGCGUGUGCGUGGAUCUGAUUCCUCACCCAAAACACAUCAUGAGCACUCUGAGAUUUCAGCUGGAUGUGAGCAAUUACUGAGUGAUAAGAGAGAUAGUCCAGAACAGAGAAACUUCUCCAGUAUUUGAAAACUGGACUAUGACACAAUGAGUCCUCUUAUUCACUUUUUACUCUGUGGAUUAUUGUACUUGCACCAUGUGGAUGGAUCCCGUCUGCGGCAGGAAGAUUCUCCGCCUCGGAUCGUGGAACAUCCCUCCGAUCUGAUUGUGUCCAAGGGCGAACCCGCCACCCUAAACUGCAAAGCGGAGGGGCGGCCCACCCCCACCGUGGAGUGGUACAAGGACGGAGAACGAGUUGAAACUGACAAAGAUGACCCUCGAUCGCACCGCAUGCUUUUGCCCAGCGGCUCCCUCUUCUUCCUGCGCAUCGUACAUGGGCGACGCAGCAAACCCGACGAAGGCGCGUACGUGUGUGUGGCCCGCAACUACCUGGGAGAAGCCAUUAGCCGAAACGCCUCACUAGAAGUAGCAUUGUUACGAGAUGAUUUCAGACAGAACCCGACAGAUGUGGUCGUUGCUGCCGGAGAACCGGCCAUCUUGGAGUGUGUUCCUCCUCGCGGCCACCCAGAACCCACCAUCUACUGGAAGAAAGACAAACAAAGAAUUGACGAAAAGGAUGACAGGAUUAAGAUUCGCGGAGGGAAGCUGAUGAUCUCCAACACAAGGAAAAGCGACGCUGGCAUCUACAUCUGCGUGGGCACCAACAUGGUUGGAGAAAGGGACAGCGAGACAGCCCAGGUCACUGUGUUCGAGAGACCCACGUUUCUACGGCGGCCCAUUAACCAGGUGGUUCUGGAGGAAGAGGCGGUGGAGUUUCGCUGUCAGGUGCAGGGAGACCCGCCGCCAUCCGUGCGCUGGAAAAAAGACGAUAUUGACAUUCCCCGCGGGAGGUAUGAUAUUAAAUAUGAUAAGGAUGAUUAUGUGCUGAGGAUAAAGAAGGCAGCAGCGAGCGAUGAAGGAACUUUCACCUGCAUAGCGGAGAACCGAGUGGGCAAAAUGGAGGCGUCCGCUACCCUCACAGUCAGAGCUCGCCCUGUCGCUGCCCCCCAGUUCGUGAUCAGGCCCCGGGACCAAAUUGUGGCACAGGGUCGUACCGCCACCUUCCCCUGUGAGACCAAAGGGAGCCCACAGCCGGCUGUCUUUUGGCAGAAAGAGGGGAGUCAGAACCUUAUGUUUCCAAAUCAACCUCAGCAGCCCAACAGCCGUUUUUCGGUGUCGCCCGGUGGAGAUCUGACCAUCACGUCUGUCCAGCGGGGCGAUGCGGGGUAUUAUAUCUGCCAGGCCCUGACGGUGGCGGGCAGCAUCCUGGCCAAAGCCCAACUUGAGGUCACAGAUGUGUUGACAGAUCGCCCUCCGCCCAUCAUCCGGCAGGGCCCAGCCAACCAAACUUUGGGUGUGGACAGCGUGGCUCUUCUGAGGUGCCAUGCUUCUGGAGAACCGGUCCCAACCAUCAGCUGGCUGAAGGAUGGGGUCAGCCUCCUGGGGAAAGACCCUCGCAUGUCCCUGCAGGACCUUGGGAGCCUGCAGAUCAAGGGUUUACGGCUCUCGGAUUCGGGUAUCUACACCUGCGUGGCUGCGAGUUCAAGCGGAGAAACAUCAUGGAGUGCGUUCCUGGAAGUAAAAGAGUCUGGUAGUCUUCUGGUAGUCAAAGACAGAGAUGAAAAUGAACUUCCAGGGCCACCGUCCAAACCUCAGGUCACCGAUGUCACUAAGAACAGCGUGUCGUUGUCUUGGCAACCUGGCUUACCUGGGGCGUCACCCAUCUCCUCAUUUGUCAUUGAAGCUUUCAGCCAAUCCGUGAGCAACAGCUGGCAGACCGUGGCUGAUCAUGUGAAGACCACGCAGUACACCAUAAAGGGGCUCCGCCCCAACACCAUCUACCUGUUUAUGGUGCGAGCAGUCAACGCACAGGGCCUGAGUGACCCCAGCCCAAUGUCUGAACCCGUCCGUACUCAAGAUAUAAGUCCACCAGCGCAGGGUGUGGAUCACAGACACGUGCAGAAGGAGCUGGGGGAGGUUAUCGUGCGGCUACACAACCCCGUGGUCCUGAGUCCCACCACCAUACAGGUCACAUGGACGGUUGACCGUCAGUCUCAGUUUAUCCAGGGCUACAGGGUUUUGUACAGGCAGAUGUCAGGCCUGUCCUCCCCCGGGUCAUGGCAGAGCCAGGAUGUGAAGGUUCCCUCGGAGAGGAGCAUGGUGCUCUCAGCUCUGAAGAAAGGCAUCGUCUACGAGAUCAAAGUCCGUCCGUACUUCAACGAGUUUCAGGGCAUGGACAGCGAGUCUCGCACAGCCAGAACAACAGAGGAAGCACCCGGUGCUCCACCACAGCAGGUGACUGUACUCACAGUGGGCAAUCAGAACAGUACAUCUAUUAGUAUUUCAUGGGAUCCCCCUCCAGCAGACUAUCAAAAUGGCAUCAUCCAGGAAUAUAAGAUCUGGUGUUUGGGAAAUGAAACACGCUUUCACGUAAAUAAGACGGUGGAUGCGGCCAUCCGUUCAGUGGUAGUUGGUGGUCUACAGGCGGGGGUCCUGUAUCGCGUGGAGGUGGCCGCCAGCACAAGCGCCGGUGUGGGGGUCAAAAGCGAGCCACAACCCAUCGUUAUUGGUAAAGACUUCCGCGACGUUAUCGUAAGCGGAAACCGGAACAACAGCAUCACGGAGCAAAUCACGGACGUUGUGAAGCAGCCGGCCUUCAUCGCGGGCAUCGGAGGGGCUUGCUGGGUCAUUCUCAUGGGCUUCAGUAUCUGGCUGUACUGGAGAAGAAAGAAGCGAAAGGGUCUGAGCAAUUACGCAGUUCAGUCCUUCACCUUCACCCCUGCAGUGACAUUCCAGCGUGUUGAUGGAGGCUUGAUGAGCAACGGGAGUCGGCCUGGUUUGCUAAACGGCAGUGAUUCUGGGUACCCGUGGCUCGCCGACUCCUGGCCGGGCACCAGUCUCCCUGUUAACAGCGGUUCUGGACCCAAUGACAUCAACAACUUUGGCCGUGGAGAUGGCAUUCCCAGUGCUCAGGGAGAUAAGACGGGCACCAUGCUGUCAGACGGAGCCAUUUACAGCAGCAUCGACUUCACCACAAAAGGCGGGUUUGGUAGUCCAAGUCCCGCCUCCCAGGCCACGCCCUACGCCACCACCCAGAUCCUCCAUUCCAACAGUAUACACGAGCUAGCUGUCGAUCUGCCCGAGGCCCAGUGGAAGACCUCACUACAGGCCAAACAGGAGAUGGCAAACCUGGGCUACUCACUGCCAGACAAAAACUCCUGCAACAACACACUCCUUUUCAUUCCUGACUACCGAUUGGCUGAUGGAUUGUCUAAUAGAAUGCCCCACAACCAAUCACAGGAUUUCAGCACAACCAGCUCCCACAACAGCUCAGAUCGAAGCAACAGUCUGUCAGGUGGAAAAGGUGGAAAGAAGAAGAAGACGAAAGCAAAUGCAAAGCCCACCAAGAUGAACGGCUCCAACUGGGCCAACGUUCCACUGCCUCCACCUCCUAUCCACCCUCUUCCAGGAACAGAGAUGGACCACUACGCCACAGAACACCAUGAUGCAGGAGGGUAUGAUAGCGAUAGUUGGGGUCCACCAUUACCGGUCCAGACGUACCUACACCAGGGUUUAGAAGAUGAGCUAGAGGAGGAAGAAGAACGGGUGCCCACUCCACCCAUAAGGGGCGUGGCGUCCUCUCCUGCAACGGUGUCUUUUGGGAAACAGUCCACGGCCACCCUGAGCCCCUCCCCACGUGAGGAAAUUCAACCUAUGCUUCAGGCCCACCUCGAUGAGCUAACCCGUGCCUACCAAUUGGAUAUGGCCAAGCAGACUUGGCACAUGCAGGGUGGGCCUUACCCCCCUCAGGCCCCCGCGCCACCCGUGGGCUACGUCUCCAGCACACUGGUGUCCGAUAUUGAAACCGACCUACCAGACGAAGAUGAUGAUGAGGAGGAGGAUGAAGGAUAUGAAAUGUCACCACCAAUCAGGGGUAUGGAACACACGCCAGGCUCCAGCAUGGACAACUUGGACAGCUCUGUAACGGGCUCCAUGGUGAACGGUUGGGGUUCGGCUUCAGAAGACGAUGACAGAAACUUCUCUAGCCGCAGGUCCAGUGCCGGCAGCUCCUCAGACGGUUCGCUCUUUACCCACUGCAGCUUCGCUCAAGCCCUGGUGGCCGCUGCGGACAAGGCGGGGUACCGCCUAGACGGUACAAGCCUGACCAAGAGAGGUCUACAUCACAGACAUCGUCCUGCCAGUCCAUUCUCCACAGAUGGAAGCACGAUGGGCACGCACAGCCUGGGUCACCAGCGGGCGCCCAGACCCACCCGGAAACACAAAGCCCCUAGCACAGCCCCAAACCGCCGUGACGCCAGCGCUGAAGACCUGCCCCCACCUCCAGAGCCUCCACCCUGCCAGACAGCUCGUCUUCAGGGGGCGAGAAACGUCCCCAACCCGUCUGAUCGCAAGGCUUCGUCCUUAGAGAGGCAACCUAUGAUGGGCCUUGAGGACCGACAGACCCGGACAUCACUGGAACGCCAUCGGCAGGCGCAGGACAGACUGGGGUCCAUAGAGAGGGGCGAGGAGAACAGGAGGGGGCAUAAAAACAGUCAUGUUUCAGAAGAGGCCAUAUUGCCAUACAACAAACCGUCAUUCCCAUCACCUGGGGGUCACAGUUCGUCCGGGACAGCCUCAUCGAAAGGGUCUACGGGUCCCCGUAAAGGAGAGGGGACGAGGGGUCAACACCAGCGCUCCAAUGCAGAGCAGGCCGACAGCAGCUACAUGGGGACCAAUACGCAGUACUCUGGAGAAUUAUAGUGAGCCAUUUUGAUGGAAACAGACGAAUGCCUUCAUCUGUCCUGGAUAUGCUUCAAUGAACUCGUAAAGCGUCAGACAGAAGAAAAGAAAAAAGAAAAAAAUCUGAAAAUGACGAACUGUAAAUGUGAUGUAAAGAUGGACGUGCAACCCGCAACAUCCCUCACCUUCCCCUUAAACUUUUCAUUCACAGAAAAUUAAAGAAAGUCGGAAAAGCGAAAGCGUUAUGGAAGGCCGUCUAUGUUGAACCUGCGAAAAGGAAUCGGAUUUCCUGUAAAUAUAUAUUCUUGACGUGGGAGAUUGAAAAUGACAUUAUUGUUAUUGCAUCGCUAUGCAAACCGAGUUGUGUUUCCGCGCUCUCCUCCCUCUCACGCCGUUUGUACGAUAAGUGAAUCGAUGGGCUGUGGUGCCAUAGAAAAUUACAUUGUCAUCCGUCAUUUGUUAAUACUUCUCAUGAAUUAAUUGUUGUCAUUAUAAUAAUUAUUAUUAUAAUUAAUUAUUUUCGUUUGCACUGCAAUUUUGGUGAUAAGCACAAAAUCAUAGCUCCUGCUGACAUGAAGAAUUGGAGGAAAGGAAAUGUGAAGGGGAGUAUCUGUACUGUAACUAGAGAUUAAGAAAAUAUAUAACGGUGUACAGAGAUAUAUUAAGAUAUGCCUGCGUCCGUGCCGGUUUAAAGAUUUCCUCUGAGAUUACGGUGGAGGAACUAGACCCUCUCCAUGCUGGAAAUGGGCGAACUAGUCACAGAUGGGUUGGGAAAAAUGUUUGCAGGGACAUUUGUAAUGUAAACUGGAUCAACUUUCAACUCUUUCCACUGCCCUUAGCAUUUCUACCCUAGUAAAAUUCUCGUUCACUUGGCCCGAUUGGAUUUUUUUUUUAUCUGCACUGGACUACAGAUACCAAACUUUUCUUCGUCCUCACUCUUUGUGGCUUGCUUUUGUUUUACAUUUGGAUAAUUUUAUUUUUAUUCUGUCUGAGCAACACGGCUAAUGUUUGGAGGUGAAUCGAUCAGAUUUUCUGUUUAUACGUUUUUAUUUCGAUCUCCACUUUGAAAGCAAGCACUUGCAACGUGAGCAAUUUAAAAGCCAUAUGAACAAAACUACAACGCCCGGCCUUCCUGUAAGGUUUCUGCCUUCCUCUAGAGGUUUUGUAGGUGUUCGUUUGUCUCAGAUCACGAGUGGAGAGUCAGGUACUUAAUUUUACUUUUGUUGAGCACUUAAUGGAUCGUGUUGUUUUGUUUUUUAUAUAUUUCUGACAAUGUCACAAAGGUUUUGUUUAUUCCCUGUGGUUCUUCUAUUUUUCCUAUGCAUGGCGCCAAAUUAUUGCAAUUGGUU